AUGUCUAUAUCACCACCACCAUUUAGUCCACCACGAUUUACAUCAAGUGAAGAAGAUAAUAAUGAUAAUGCAAAUAAUGAUGAUGAUGAAUAUAUUGAUUCAGCUCGUACAUUAAUAUCAUCAUUUGAUUUAUAUAAAAAUGCUAUUGAUCGUUUACGUUCCUCAGUUACAUCUCAAUCAAUUGAACAACAAAAAAAUUCACUUGAACAUUUUAAACCAUUAUCAACACGAACUAAUGCUUGGUUAUAUAUGCGUAUACAUGAUGAUUUAUUUAGUAUAUUAUUAGAUUAUUUAUUAAUUGAAAAUUUAUCUAUUCAAUCAACAGUUCUCAGUAUAUUUGCUAAUAUCGCGUGUGAGCAAGCAUCACAUGAACAGAUAUUCGAAACUAAUCUAAUCGAUAUAGUUUGUCGUAAAGUCGUCGAUAUUAGUCAAAUAGAUAUAACAAAUCGAUGUUUUCGAUUGUUGGGCAAUAUAUGUACUGUUGAAGAUGCUGCACGAAAAAUGAUCGAAGCUGAUUUAACACGAUCUAUGGGAAAUGUAUUACGAAUUUGUACAGAUGCUGCAUGUUUACAUUCAACAAUUCGAUGCUCAAGAAAAUUAAGUACAUAUGCAUUUUGUCGAGAUCGAAUGCUUGAUUCCAUGUGUUUAUUAUCCAUAUGUAAACAGUUAUUUGCUGAAAAAGUUGCUUUACGUAAAGAAGCAAUGAAAGCUGUCUUAGAAUGGGAUAUUGAUAGCUCAGAUAGAAGCCGUUCACAAUUACGUGAAGGUGAAAUAUUUCGUUUUUUAAUAACAACAAUGGAAGGCAAAUCUGAUAAAGAAUAUCGUCAUAUAGCAUUUCGUCUUCUUAAUAAUUUAUUACGUUAUAGUGAUAUGCGUACUGAAUUUGGUUUGCGUAAUGGUUUAGAUUUCUUAUUAAAUAUGAUUCAUAAUCAUCAAUAUCAAUCAACAUAUGAACAUUUAAAAUGUAUUGGUUUAUUUUGUGUUUGUUGUCAAGAAACUCAUAAUCGUCGUUUAAUUAAAGAUGAUAUGAAUAAAUUAGAAAUCUUUUUUAAUUAUUUAGAAAAAUAUCAAUAUCGUUCAAAUUUUUUGGAUCUUUUAUUAACAGCUAUUGGUCAAUUUAUAUAUGAUGAACAAUCAUUAAUUAUAUUUCUUAAACAAAUGCAAUUUAUUGAACGAAUGUGUGAUUUAUUAGAAUCAGUUGUUAUGACUAAAUAUGAAAAUAAUGAAAAGCGAUCAUUAGGAGACGAUGAAGAAAAUUCAAGAAAAAGACGAAAAACAAAACAUACGACUGACACUCAACAACAACAACGGAUGCCUGUAACGAUAGAGUUUAAUGAAACUUUGUUUACUGAAUUUGUUGAAAAUACUCAUCUGGAUGAUGAACGUCAUACAUCAUCAUCAACAUCAGGUCAAAUUGCUUCAACAAAUACAAAUAUAGAAAUUCGUCGUCGUACUGAAGCAUUAAUAUUUACAUUAUUAUCGAAAUUAUCUUAUGAAACAACUGAUAAAACUUUAAGACGAUUUUUAUAUAAUCGUCGUCUUGUUUCAUUACUUCUUCGUUAUAUUUGUUUAUGUGAUGAACCAAAUCCACGUGCUGUAAGAAUUAUUUAUCGUUUAACAAAAAUGAUUGAUUAUACUGAAUAUUUAAUUGAUCUUGGUUUACCACAUUUAAUCGAAUUAAAUUUUCAUUCAAAUAUUUAUUCACAUGAUUAUAAUUAUGAUAUAAAUACUGAUGAUCAAUAUUUAUUAAAUAUUCUUCUUAAUGAUAAUCGAGCUUUUUUUCAACGUUUAUCAUGGACAAAUGAAGAAAAUCGUUUAAAAACUAUUAAAUAUACAUUAGUAAAAAAUAUUGAAAAUCAUAUUAAUACACCAUAUGCAAUUAAUGAAAUAAUACGACGAUUAAAUGAUACAAAUAUUGAUGAAAAAUUUCAUUUUAUGUUAACUUUAAUUGCAACAUUGAAAGAACAUCAUUUGAUGUCAAUUCUAUUUCAACAGAGUUCAGGUUAUAAUUAUUUAAUUGAUCAAUCAAAUGAUGAACGUGUUUGUUUUUGGGCUUUUCGUACACUUGUUCAUCGAUGUAUUUCAUCAACUAAUCGCACAUAUAUCAAUGAAUUUCUCAAUGAAUUACAAAUACAUUCUCAAACUCCAACAAUAACACAAACAAGAAAUAUUGAAUUGAAUAUUAAUAACAAACAAUUGAUUACUGUUAACACUCAUCUAUUAUGUUUGCAUUCCGAUUAUUUUAAAACAUUAUUCAAUGGUUCUUUUUCUGAACGUAAUCGAACAAUUAUUCCAAUUCAUUUACCUGAAACAAUACCUAUUGAAUCAUUCGUACAUUUAAUUAAUUUAUUAACAAAUAAUAAUGAAGUAAUACAAUUAAAUCGUACAAUAGACUUAUUUCAUUUAAGUGAUAAAUAUCUACUUGAUUAUUUACCAUAUCGAUUAGUUCAUUAUAUUCUUGAACAAUUCAUAAAUGGAAUAACAACUGAUAUAAUUGAUAUUGAAUCAAAACCAAAAUUAGUUUCAUCUCUUAUUCAAGCAUGUUUUUCUCAUUUAUUAACAAGUAAUACAAAUAUUUCAAGUGAAAUAUUUUCAAAAUUACUAGUAAAUUAUCCAGAUGAACUUCGGACAUUAAUUAUUUCAUUUUUAAAACAUAAAUGUUGGUUUCACGAUGAAUAUUCGCCUUUUUUAUCGUGA